GAGCCAAAAGAAACAAGGAGUCGAAAGAAACAAGGAGUCAAAAGAAACAAGAAGCCAAUAAAAAUGAGAAGCUGAAAGAAAAAAGAAGUCAAAAGAAACAAGGAGCUGAUAGAAAUAAGGAGCUGAUAGAAAUGAGGAGCUAA